AUGUCUCGAGCUCAGCAAAUUUUGGAAGGAUUCAAGCUGAAUUGGAUGAGUUUACGUGAUGCGGAAAGUGGAAAAGUGUUAUGGCAAAGUUAUGAGGAUCUCGCCUUGCCAGGAAAAGAACAUCAAGCUCGUGUACCUAAAAGUAUCUUGAAAUGUCGGGCAGUGUCGCGUGAAAUAAAUUUCACUUCGGCCGAAAAAAUAAAUAAAUUUCGAUUAGAGCAACGUGUUUACCUGAAAGGCGAUAUUAUUGAAGAAUGGUUUUUUGAUUUUGGAUUUGUAAUACCACAAUCAACAAAUACGUGGCAGAGUUUAAUCGAAGCCGCACCAGAAGCACAGAUGCUGCCUGCAUCAUUAUUAAGUGGCAAUGUGGUAAUCGAGACGAGCUUUUACGAUGAUAAUUUGCUGGUAAGCACGUCACAGAUUCGUAUCUUCUAUGUAUGA